AUGUCAGCCUCAGAGUUUGAUUAUGGGUAUAUUGAAAACGUGGAAAGACUCAACAACUAUCGGCCGGGUGGUUAUCAUCCCAUUCAAAUCGACGAUCGUCUUCACAAGCGAUACCGCAUAGUACACAAGCUUGGCCAUGGCACGUUCUCGACGGUCUGGCUUGCUCUUGACGAAGGGACGUCGAAUUACGUCGCCGUUAAAGUUGGCACCGCAGAUGCAGACACGCGGGAGGUAGAUAUUCUAUCUCGGCUUACUACAGGAGUCGCGGACCGCAGCCACGCCGCCCACAAGGCGUCGAUGAUCCCUACGGUCAUCAAUCGCUUUAGUCUUGAUGGCCCCAAUGGGACUCACCCUUGUUUUGCAACAGUCCCGGCGAGAUGCAGUCUUAUGGAUGCGAAAGAGGCGUCAGACCCGAGACUAUUUGAGCUUGAUGUUGCUCGGUCUCUAGCUGCCCAGCUUGCCAUAGCCAUUUCUCUUGUUCACUCGCAGGGUUAUGCCCAUGGAGACCUUCAUCUUGGCAACCUUCUUCUUCAGCUACCUCCUUCUCUCAACGAUCUCUCAGUGGAUCAGUUGUAUGCUAAGUUUGGAGCUCCACAGCCAGAGCCUGUCGUCCGUCUUGACAAAAACUCAACCUCUUCAGCAGCUGGGGUUCCUUCAUACGCUGUCCCUACUGUGUGGCUUGGAAAAGCAAGUGAUGAAAUCACCAUAAAGGAGGCAAAGCUAUUACUUAGCGACUUCGGUGUCGCCUUUCGCCCGUCAGAUAAGUCGCGGUUUAAAUCGUAUACACCCCUCGUAAUCCGUCCGCCCGAGGCGUUCUUUGAACCGACGACGCCUCUCUCCUUUGCGUCAGAUAUAUGGAGCCUCGGCUGUACUAUCUUCGAGUUACUUGCUCACAGGUCUCUUAUCGACGGAAUUCUUACGCCUCAGGACGAAAUCACGGCACAGCAGGUCCAUUUACAAGGACCUCUGCCGUCGGAGUGGUGGAAUAAAUGGGAACAGCGGUUCAAAUGGUUCGACGAAGCGUGGAAACCGCUCAGUAAUAAGCGUGACAUAUGGACGUGGGAUAGGCGUUUCGAGCAAUGGGUACAAGAGCCGAGGCAGUCUUGUGGUAUGAGUGUUAUUGAUGAAGAAGAGAAGGCCGCGCUGUUUGAGCUGCUACACUGGAUGCUCGCAUGGAGGCCUAGAGAGCGGCCAAAUGCAGCGGAUGUGUUAAACAUGGCUUGGAUGAAGAGGUGGGCUUUGCCAGCGUACGAGGAGAGUCGGAAGGCUUGGGCAUGA